AGAGGCGGCAGGGGAGGCGGAGGCGGAGGCAGAGGCAAAGGACCCCUUCCACGUGACGUGCUGGUGUCGAAGAAAAUGAGCCGCGUCUUGCGGCAUGCGGCUGAGGCUGAAGGACUCACGCUGGGGCCGGGGGGCUAUGUCAAUGUGCAGGAUCUGCUCAACUGCCGCACCAUGCGCUCCAUAAAAGCGACCUUCCCCGAACUCCGCUCCAUCGUCAGCAACAACGACAAACAGCGCUUCUCGCUGAUCGCCGCCAGCACCAGCACGCCCAGCAACACGACCACCGCAACCCCCACCACCACCACAACAACAACCACCAUUUCCUCCUCCGACGUCCCCGACGACGCCAACCCGGCCCACUACCUCAUCCGCGCAAACCAAGGCCACAGCCUCACCGUCGAGGACGCCGGCCUCCUCACGCCCCUCACCCCCGCCUCGGUGCCCCCGACCUGCGUGCACGGCACCGUCGCCGCGGCGUGGCCGCUCAUCCGCGCGUCCGGUGGCUUGAAGCGCAUGGCGCGGAACCACAUCCACUUCGCGGCGGGGCUGCCCAAGGGGUUUAAGCCCGUCGAGGACGACGAUGCCGCUGCCACCACCGCUGAUGCUAAGACAUCCGAGGCCCCCGCCGUGAUAUCCGGCAUGCGCGCCACGUCGACGAUCCUGAUCUACGUCGACGUAGCCGCGGCGCUGGACGCAGGGAUCCCGUUCUUCCAGUCUGCGAACGGGGUUAUCCUGUCGCCUGGGGACGAGGCGCAGGGGGGCGUGCUGGGGCUCAAGUUCUUUAAGCGCGUCGAGGAUCGUCGGAGUGGGAGAGUGCUGGUUAGGGAUGGG